AUGGCAGUUUUUUUGGAGGCUAACAAGAGAAGAAGACCUUUGUUCCUAGAGGAUGAGGAUGGAGAAGCAGAAGUGGUGGAGGUGGCAUCAAGUGGGCCUCCUAUAAGUGAGGCACAGCAAAAUGAAUCUUCUCAAGCCACCAAGGUUCAUCCUAGUUCAGGGACAGCAGCUAAAAGAAGGCAAUCAACCAUACAAUUGAAGGCUGUUGGUAACAAGACUACACAGCAAAAGACAAAGACCAUUGCUGAGAUGCUUCGAAAAACACCAGAAGAGGUGGUAGAUGAGAGACUGUUAGGUUCUUACCAGCCCACAAUUAAUGCAGCAGCAAAAAGCCGGGAGGAGAAGCAUUAUGUGGAUAUGCAGUGGGGUUUGUUCUUCUAUGAGUGUGGUGUACCUUUCAAUGCAGCAGCCGCAAGACAAUUUCAGAUUGCAGUUGAGGCCACAGCUCAGUUUGGUUCAGGGUACAAGCCUCCAACACCUUAUCAACUUGGGGAGCCAUUGCUUAAAGAGGCUGUGAAGUCAACAAGUACCAUGAGGGAGGAGCAUGAGAGGGCAUGGAAACAGUAUGGCUGCACACUUAUGUCUGAUGGAUGGUCCGAUAGGAGGGGACGCCACUUGAUUAACUUCCUAGUGAACAGCCCGGAGGGGACAUACUUCUUGGAGUCAGUUGAUGCAUCAAGUGAAGUACAUGAUGCUAAGAUGCUUGCUGAUCUGCUAGAGGAAAGAAUUGAUGACAUUGGAAAAGACAAGGUUGUCCAAGUUGUUACAGAUAAUGGUGCUAACUUCAAGGCAGCAGGCAAGCUUUUGAUGGAAAGGAUUCCUACAAUAUUUUGGAGUCCAUGUGCUGCACACUAUUUGGAUCUCAUGCUAGAGGAGAUUGGGAACUUGCCAACAUUCAAGAAAUAUAUUGCACGUGCAAGGCGCGUUACAACUUUCAUCUAUAGGCAUGGGAGGAUCCUUCAUGCCAUGAGGGAGAAGACAGGUGGGGCUGAUCUUGUGAGACCUGCAGCAACUCGUUUUGCAACUUCCUUUCUUACUUUGAAGAGUUUGUACAAGCACAAGGAAGCUUUGAAGGCUUUAUUUCAUAGUGAACAAUGGAUUGGGAAUAAAUUGGCAAAAACCAAAGCAGGUCUAGAUGUGCAGGCCAUUGUGUUCUCUACAGAGUUCUGGAACAAAGUUGAAGAUUGCCUUAGAGCUUCAGCCCCACUUCUCAUUGUGCUUAGGGUGGUUGAUGGAGAUGAGAAGCCAGCAAUGCCAGAAGUUCAAGCAUUAAUGAACCACGCAAAAGAGAAGAUCAAUCUGAGCUUUGCCAUACCAUCCAAGAAAAGGUUGCUUGACAAGAUCAUGGAGAUAAUUGAGCGAAGGUGGGAAAAACAAAUGGAUCAUCCACUCUAUGGGGCUGCAUUGUUUUUGAACCCAGGGAAGCUCCAUCCUCUCAUAAGAAAAAAUGAUGAUGCAACUGUUGGACAGCUAAGAGGUUGCUUUCUUGAUGUACUUGCAAGAAUGGUGGAGGAUGAGGAAACUAGAGACAAGAUCAAUGCUCAAGCCAUGGAUUAUGAAUUUCUUCGAGGAGAUGCUUUUUCAAACAAAAUGGCCCAGCAAAACCUUGAGUCUUUGAGCCCUCUUGAUUGGUGGCAUUCAUAUGGUGGCCGUGCUAUUGAGCUACAAAGGUUUGCUAAGCGUGUGGUCAGUCUUUGUGCUUCAUCAUCUGGUUGUGAGCGCAAUUGGAGCACCUUUGAAUUUAUCCACACAAAGAAAAGGAACCAGUUGUUGCAUAAGAGGUUAAAUUCUAUUGUCUUUGUUUCCUACAACCGAAAGAUGAAAACUAGGUUCCAGAAAUUGAGGCAGAAGAAAGGUAAAGGCUUUGAUCCUUUGGUUGUUGAGGAGUUUGAUUGGGACAAUGAGUGGGCUAACUCACUGCAUGUGCCCCCUCAUGGUGCUCGUGGCUGUGAGUGUGACCUUACAUGGGACCUUGUUGAUGAAGCUAUUGGAGCAUCAGAGUUACUUCGUGGCAGAAAUUUACCAAGAACAGCCCACAACAAGCGUGCUAGAAAUUCUGCACCUAUUGGGGUUCAGGAGGAGCUAGGUUCAGAAAAUGAGGAUGAAGAAAAUCAAGAUCCCUACGAUGACGCAGAUGUGAUAGAUUGUGAGGAUGAUCAUUGUGAUGCCAAUGGUAGUGGAGGAGAUGAGGAGGCAGCCAACAUCAUUGGAGAGUUUGAUGAUGGCUAUUGA